AAAGGGUUGGAGAUGUAGCUCAGUGAUAAAGCAAUUCUAGGUUUAAUCCCUGGUACCAAAAAAAAAAAAAAAAAAUCACCAACAUUCAUGCUUGGGCAUGUUCCCUGACCCUUCUAUACCUGCUUCCUCAUCUGUAAGAUGAGUGCAUUAACAGGUCCACCUCUGCGGGUUACCAGGAUUCGCCGAAGCAUUCUCAACAUGAGGACGGGUACUAAAUGGCUGUGUGGGAUCACCUCCCACUUGCAGCUUCUGCGGGCUCCUGUGCAGGCUCCACACAGCUGAGCUCAUCCAACCUCGCGGCACUUCCUGAGGUCAGCACGCUGUCUGCGGCGUUUGCUGGAAGGCUUGGACUACGCCAGCACCGCACAGUCCUUGUCGGUGGCCACCAGGACAUUUCCCUCCCGACUUCCGAAUUACUCUUCAUGCACAGGGGUGAGAGAGUCCUGCAGAAGGCCGGCUGCCCGGGAACACUCUGCCCAGAGGCUCGUUUCUUUAGGGGACAUCCCCAGACUCAGCCCACAGGUGACUGGAUCCAUCUGGUCUCUGCUAGCAACUAAUCCUAACCCUAGCAAAGUCCCCACUCGCUCUGCUUUGGGAGACCACCGCACCCACUCCUUCAGGAGCCCUGCAGAGGGGCCUCCAGACUUCCUGCUGAGAGGACCCUGGCCCAGGCAGGCUUGGCCUGGUCUUCCUGUUUCUGCCCUCCAAGCCUGUGGUGUCUGAGCACAAGGAAGUGGGGGCCAGGGAACGGAGUGGACACGGAGGACAGUGCUGGGGCAAGUCCAAGGGGUAGAGCAGGAGGGCAGAUCCCAGGCUGCAGCCUUGCACACGCAACACGCGGCCCCUCCAAGCCGCCUGCAGUGGGAAGAGCUGAGCAGUCCUUGCAACAGACACCUGAGGACCAGCAAAGCCCCAAAUAAGCCUCCCGAGCCACUGGGAUUACAGGUGUGCGCCACCACACCCAGCGUGACCUCCCUUAUCUGUGAAUCAGGGGUGAUACUCCAGCCGCAUCCCAGGGCCCCCGGAGCAACGCCAGGAGCAGGUUAAAAACAUGAUGGUAACAACAAUUGAUGGACCAAAGAAAAUACCCGGGCCAGGUGUGGUAAUCCCAGCGGCUCAGGAGGCUGAGGAGGAGGCCCACAAGUUCGAGGCCAACAACAGCAACUUAGCGAUGAGGCCCUAAGCAACUUAAGGAGAUCCUGCCUCAAAGAGCAUGAAGGGCUGGGGACGCGGCUCCACAGGAGGCACCUGGUUUCAGUCCCCGGUCCAAAAGGAAAAGAAAAUGCACGGGUGUUCUGUGGAGGUCUGGGUGUGCUUCCCCGGCAGAGUGGUUAAGGGCAUGAACUCAGGAACCAAGCCCAGCUGGUGACCGUGGGGACCUCGGCGCACAUAGGGGUGGUAGUGGGCUUUGGCCAGCGUCCAGGCAUUGCAGGGUAGGGCCUGGAGGACGGCCGCCUCCUUGGCCUCUCCUGCUGCAGGUGGGGGUCACAGGGCGGAGGCUUGAGCUUGGAUUCUGUGGUCAACUGCCACCCUCCCCUCCCCCACCACGUGCACCAGGACCCCAGUGGCUCCCACAGGGACUCCGCCAGGCGCCACCAGAGGCUGAUUCUUUCUCUUGCUCCUCUGCUGGGCUGGCCACUGUCCUCUCUCCAAGGCCGUCUUCCCUGGCCCUCGCAGCCUGGGCUUUGGCGCCAUCGGCACCGCUGUGCCUGGGCCCAUGGAUCCCCUGAGGCGAUCUUUCUCCCCGUGCUCCUCGCGACCCUCAAGCCCCAGGACCCCGCCCUGCGAGGCCUCUGACUCUGUGGGCAUCGAGGCUGUGCUGGACCAACUGAAGAUCAAGGCCAUGAAGAUGGGGUUUGAGUUCAACAUCAUGGUGGUGGGGCAGAGCGGGCUGGGCAAGUCCACCAUGGUGAACACCCUGUUCAAGUCCAAGGUGUGGAAGUCGAGCCUGCCGGGCCUGGGGACGCCCAUGCCACAGACGUUGCAGCUGCACUCGGUGACCCACGUCAUCGAGGAGAAGGGCGUGAAGCUGAAGCUCACCGUGACCGACACACCUGGCUUCGGGGACCAGAUCAACAACGACAAGUGCUGGGACCCGAUUCUGGGCUACAUCAACGAGCAGUACGAACGGUACCUGCAAGAGGAGAUCCUCAUCACCCGGCAGCGCCACAUCCCCGACACCCGGGUGCACUGCUGCGUGUACUUCGUGCCGCCCACUGGCCACUGCCUGCGGCCCCUGGACAUCGAGUUCCUGCAGAGACUGUGCCGGACUGUGAAUGUGGUGCCCGUGAUUGCCCGGGCUGACAGCCUGACCAUUGAGGAGCGAGAGGCCUUCAGGAGUAGGAUCCAGGAAGACCUGAGAAAUCACUGCAUUGAUGUGUACCCACAGAAAUGCUUCGACGAGGACAUCAAUGACAGGAUCCUCAACAGCAAGAUUCGGGAGCGGAUCCCUUUCGCCGUGGUCGGUGCAGACCGAGAGCACAUGGUAAACGGGAGGUGCGUGCUGGGCCGGAAGACCAAGUGGGGCAUCGUGGAAGUGGAGAAUAUGGCGCACUGUGAGUUUCCUCUCCUGAGAGAUCUGCUCAUCCGCUCCCACCUCCAAGACCUGAAGGACAUCACCCACAACGUCCACUAUGAGAACUACCGAGUCGUCAGGCUCAACGAGAGCCACCUGUUGCCCAGCGGGCCGGGCUGGGUGAACCUGGGCCCCGCCUCCACCCAACAGCUGACCACCCCUGCACCCCUGAAGGUCCGAAGGCGGGUCCAAGAGGAUCCCAAGGAUGAGUUCUAAGCACUUGCAGGCUCCCCAGGUCCUUGCACCCAACCCCCAAUACAAUACCUAUUAAAGGUGGACACUGCUUUGUAUUA